CCAUGGUGGGGCUCAAGGAGGAGCUGCUCAAGGCCAUCUGGCACGCCUUCACCGCGCUCGACCUGGACCGCAGCGGCAAGGUCUCCAAGUCCCAGCUCAAGGUCCUUUCUCACAACUUGUGCACGGUGCUCAAUGUUCCCCAUGACCCAGUGGCCUUGGAAGAGCAUUUUAGAGAUGACGAUGAAGGACCUGUUUCCAAUCAGGGUUACAUGCCUUAUUUAAACAAAUUCAUCUUGGAAAAGGUUCAAGGAAACUUUGACAAAGUUGAGUUCAACAGGAUGUGCUGGACUUUGUGUGCCAGAAAGAACCCUGCUAAAAGUCCUUUAGUUAUUAGUGAGGAUGAGGCAUUUAAAGUGUGGGUUAUCUUCAAUUUUUUAUCUGAGGACAAAUAUCCAUUAAUCAUUGUGCCUGAAGAGAUUGAAUACUUGCUUAAAAAACUCACUGAAGCAAUGGGGGCAGGUUGGCAGCAAGAGCAGUUUGACCAUUACAAGAUCAGUCUCAACACCAGUCAAGAAGGUCUUUCUGUAUGGGAACUGAUUGAUCUUAUUGGAAGUGGACAGUUCAGCAAAGGGAUGGACAAACAGACAGUAUCCAUGGCAAUUAACGAGGUCUUUAAUGAGAUUAUAUUAGAUGUAUUGAAACAGGGCUAUAUGUUGAAAAAAGGCCACAGAAGGAAAAAUUGGACAGAGCGUUGGUUUGUACUAAAACCCAAUAUUAUUUCAUAUUAUAUGAGUGAAGAUUUAAAAGACAAGAAGGGAGACAUCAUAUUGGAUGACAACUGUUGUGUAGAGUCCUUGCCUGACAAAGAUGGAAAGAAAUGCCUGUUUCUUAUAAAAUGUUUAGACAAAACUUUUGAAAUCAGUGCUUCUGACAAAAAGAAGAAGCAGGAGUGGAUUCAGGCCAUUCAGACCACUGUAAACCUGCUGAGGGUGGGGAGCCCUCCACCUCACAAAGAAGCACGGCAGAAGCGGAAAGAGUUGCGUGAGAAACUUUUGGCUGAGCAAGAGGAAUUGGAGCGGCAAAUGAAAGAACUCCAAAUCGCCAAUGAAAACAAACAGCAGGAGCUGGAGAGAGUGAGAAAGCAACUUGAAGAAGCAGCUGCUCGGGCUGCAGAAGAGGAGAAGAAACGUCUUCAGACUCAAAUGGAAUUGCAGGACCGAUUCAGUUCAGAACUUGAGCGAGAGAAAAUGGUAAGACAGCAAAUGGAAGAGAAGGUUGCUCAGAAAUCAUCUGAACUGGAACAGUAUUUGCAGAGAGUGCGUGAACUGGAAGAAAUGUAUAAACAGCUACAGGAAGCUUUGGAAGAUGAGAAACAGGCACGUCAAGAUGAAGAGACUGUAAGGAAACUUCAAGCCAGGUUAUUGGAGGAAGAGUCAAGAAAAAGAGCUGAACUGGAAAAAUGGCACUUGCAGCAGCAACAAACCAUUCAGAUGACAGAAGCGGAGAAGCAAGAGCUAGAGAACCAGAGGAUCAUCAAGGAACGUGCUCUUCAAGUUGCUAUGCAACAACUGGAACAGCUGGAACUGGAAAGGAAGCAGGCACUUGAGCAAUAUGAGGGAGUUAAAAAGAAGUUGGAAAUGGCAGCCAACAACACCAAGAGCUGGAAAGAUAAAGUAGCUCAUCAUGAGGGAUUGAUUCGAUUAAUAGAACCAGGUUCUAAGAAUCCUCACUUAAUCACAAACUGGGGACCAGCAGCCUUCACUGAAGCUGAACUUGAACAAAGAGAAAAGAGCUGGAAGGGGAAAAAGGUCACUUCUGAGUAAUCAAGGGAGUUGGAAUGUCUCCCAUGAACAGCAAUAAAGCAUAUUUGAUCAUUUUGUUUUAUACUUAAAAUGUUUUCUGCUUCUGUAGUGGUGUAGCAUGUUCAAAGCUACAUGUUGGACCUUUCUAGGAAGCAAGUAUUUUCUGUCUGCUACAUUAUAUAUAUCUAUUCAGGGCCCAGUUACAAUACUAUCCCCAUUAGCUGUUGUCAUCUCCUUGAACACAGCUUCCAGAAACUUAUCUAUUUAUACAGAUAACUUUUCUGUUCUUUAAACUACAGAUAUUUUUAUUAAAAUUUUAGUUAUGUAAAUCAGACAUUGUGGCAUAAGGCUAAUAGGUUAUUCUAUGAACAAUCUAACAGCCUUUGACAGGGCAAAUACCAUGGCUUCAAUUUGCAGGAUUUCUAAGGGAAGGAAGCAGUGUUUUGCUUAUCUGUAAUUGUCCAGACAAUGCAGCUUUAAGCCCAGGCUUGAUGAAAUUCUCAGGCUACUGCCCUGACUCUGAACAUGACUUUAUUUCACUUCCUAUCCAUCUUCUGCACCUGCAGCCACGUGUGUGCAGUGAAAAGUGGCAUGAAUGUGGAAAAUGCUAAAGAACUUUGCAGCUAGAUUUCAUUUAACUUUUUAAGAGAUGGGAUAAAAUCUUCAAAUCCUUACUGGGUACCUUUUAAAAAGUCAGGUUAUGACUCUCAGAGAACCUGCAGGCUUGGUUUAGAAACCAGGUGAUGGCUCAUGUUUAUGCAGAUUAGAUGAUUGUCAUAUCCCAUCUAGCCCUGUGGUUUAUGGGAAUUAUUAGUACCACACAGCACAGCUGUCUGGUUUUUCACAUAAAACCUGGAUUCUGGGGGUGGGAAUAAUCAACAAAUAAUAGAGUAAAGUGAAUUUCCCAUUUGAUUUCCACCCCCACUUUAAUUCUAGAAUUCAAGAUUCAUAAUGAAAACUUCAUUCACCCAACUUUGUUUUGAUCACUUAGUAUUGAAGCCUUCAAAAACUUACUCUGUGGUGUGACUUACAAAUACACAUACAGCAUUAGCAUUUCUAAUAAUCUACAAAAAAUUCCGAACAAAUCUAGUGCCCACUGUUUGAAAGGUGUCUGUACAGGAAAGUCCAUUUAUUUCUAAUUUUCCUUGGGAAACAUAAUGUGUAACUUCUACUUUGUAAGUAGUUCUUCCACACAAGGGAAAGAAGUCAGUCUGUUGCCAAGUACUCACGUUAUACAAAUUUCUGGGGAAACAAGCCACUUAGCGAACAGCAGCUACACAUUUGUCAAGUGGUCUUCCAUGUGCACCAAAUUAUUUUAUAGCUUCUGUUUUUAAUCACCUAAAUAUUUCAUAGUUGGUAGGGUUGGAAGGGACCUGAGCAGGUGAUCAAGUCCGACCCCCUGCCACGGCAGGAAAAAGUACUGGGGUCAAACGACCCCAGCAGGGUGUUCGUCUAACCUCCUCUUAAA